UCUCUUUCCUUCACCCUUUUCAUGCAUUCAAUCCUCAUUCCCAUUCUCACCAUUUAAACCCCUCUCUACACCGUUCCUCUCUCUCACACAGAAACACUUUUCUCAGUUUGUUCGUUUUUUCAGGCAGCUGCCAUUAGCAACAGUAAGAACACCAUGGUUGUUCUUUCGAACCAAUCUGCACUAAACGAGUUGUUUCUUGCCAAGACAUGCAACCCCUCCUCCAUGUUCACGGAGGUUCCUGAGGUUGAUCUCUCACACCCUGAUGCCAAGACAAUCAUGGUGAAGGCAUGCCAAGAGAUUGGUCUGUUCAAGUUGGUCAACCAUGGCAUUCCAUUGGAGGUGAUAACGCGUUUGGAAAAUGAAGCUCUAAAGUUCUUCACGCAAAGCCAGUCCCAAAAAGACAAGGCUGGUCCUCCCGACCCUUUUGGCUAUGGAAGCAAGAGAAUUGGCACAAACGGUGACAUGGGUUGGGUCGAGUACUUACUCCUCAGCACCAACCCCGAUAUCGUCUCCCCCAAAACCGUUCAACUUUUUAACCAAAACCCGGAAUCUUUGAGGUUGUGCGUGGAGGAGUACAUAGGGGAAAUGAAGAAGAUAUGCUGUGAAGUGUUGGAAGAAAUGGGUGAAGGGUUGGGGUUAGGGAGAAGGAAGAAUGUGUUUAGCAGAAUGAUAAGAGAGGAGAGAAGUGAUUCAUGUUUUAGGGUGAAUAGGUAUCCAUCGUGUGGAGAGCUGAAAGAGGAGAUUGCACUGAGUGGACGAAAUUUGAUUGGGUUUGGAGAGCACACAGACCCACAGAUAUUAUCUGUCCUGAGAUCCAACAACACAUCAGGACUGCAAAUCUGUCUCCCAGAUGGGACUUGGGCUUCAAUCCCACCUGACCAUUCUUCCUUUUUUAUCAAUGUUGGUGACCUCUUGCAGGUUAUGAGUAAUGGGAGGUUUAAGAGUGUUAAGCACAGGGUAUUGGCUGAUUCAACGUUGUCAAGGUUGUCAAUGAUCUAUUUUGGAGGGCCAAGUUUGGAGGAAAAAAUUGCUCCUUUACCUUCACUGGUGUCCAAAGAAGAAGAGAGUUUGUACAGAGAAUUGACAUGGCGGGAAUACAAGAAUGCUGCAUACAAGUCAAGGCUCUCUGAUCACAGAAUCACUCUCUUUCACAAAUCUUCAAACACUUAACUUCAUACUCUUCUUUUCCUUUUCCUUCUCUCUCUCUCUCUCUCUGCUAGAUACCUUUUUACAGUGAAUGCAACUGUACCAUCAGGUUCUUAUAUGUUGCAUGUUCAAUAAACAUUAAUU